AUGCGAAACGGUGACGAUCCGAGAUUUUUGCAGUUCGCAACCAACAACAGCGCAUUAGAGACAGCUGUCAAUACUACGGAGCUAGGGUACGAGCACGCUAAGUCGACCAGCACAAUUAAGGCCGAGCUUCAGUUACAGGAUACGUCUGUAAGCCCAGAUCCAGUGCCUAGUAACUCUGGGAGUGCAUUAAACGCCCAGACUCCUGGCCAACCCUUUGAACCCGCACCUCAGGCUGCGGAGGGUGGCGCUUCGGCAAUCAAAAUCGCUACUUUAGCGUCGCUAUGUGACGCCGCAGGCCAACAAGUCUACGAUCACGCCAAACGCGCCGCUUCGCCUGCAGGUAGCGCCAGCCAAGGACCACCAAAUACCCUAGCAGCCGAAGACGAAGCCGCUGACGCACAAAAUGAUGUCGUUGGCCAUGCUACCUAA